AUGUCUCCCAGUCCCAGCGCCCAGCCACACAGCCCAGGGGGCACCAUGGUGAAGUUCGGGGCAGGCCUCAAGCCUGUGGAUCCGGCCCGUGGCUCCGGCUUGCUCUGCUCGGCUUGUGGCUUCCUGCUCAUCCGGCCCCGGCAGACAGAGUGUGGCCAUCGGUACUGUGCCGCCUGCGUGCAGCGACUGCUGGGGGACACAGACAAGGUGACCUGCUGCAUUUGUAACAAGAGACUGAGCCCCAACCAGUUUUACAAGGACCGAGCAGCCGAGAAAGACGCUCUCAGCACGGCCGUGACCUGCCCCAGAGCCAGCUGCAGCUGGACGGGGACCCUGGCGUCCUACCUGGAGCACCUCUGCCCCCCGGCGGUGAGUCCCGGCCCGGAGGAGAAGUCAGCUCCCAAGGACCCGGAACCCCACGCGAUGGACGCCCCGUCCCCGGAGCUCCAGCGGCGGAUACAGCAGCUGGAGGUUAUGGUGACGUCCUUGCGCCGGGAGCUGCAGAGCCAGGCCGGUGCCAUGGAAGCUCUGCGGCGUCGGUGCCUCCAGGACCAGCCGUCCCCGGGGAUCUCCACGGAGCUGUCCGGCUGUUCCCAUGGGGCUCGGGGGGCCGUGGCAACGUCCCCGGAGCUGGCCAGCGCCGACGGGACCCUGGUCUGGAAGCUCCAAGGGUUCUCCAAGCUGCUGGGGGACGCCAAGGCCGGGAGGAGAGCGUCCAUGUAUUCCUCGGUCUUCGCCACCCACCCCUUCGGCUACCGGCUCUGCCUCCGGCUCUACCCAGACGGGGAUGGGGCCGGCCAGGGGACCCACCUCUCGCUGUUCAUGGCCUUGGCCAAGGGGCCCUAUGAUGAUCUCCUGCCUUGGCCUUUCCUCUGCAAGGUCACCUUCUACCUCCUGGAUCCCUGGCGGCGGAGGCCGGCCGUGAGGGAGACGUUCGCCCCUGACCCCUGUAGCACGUCCUUCCAGCAGCCCCGGGGCCAGCUCAACGUGGCUAGCGGGAGCCCCCUCUUUGCCCCCCACGGACAGCUCCAAAACUACCUCAAAGAUGACACCCUCUACGUCAAGGUGGUGGUGGACACGUCCGGGAUGGAGGUGUGA